AUGUCAGAGCCCAACGAUACACCCGGUGUAAAGAAGACAACAAGGCGCUUUGCACCUGUCAAGAGAGGUGGCAAAAGUCCAGCAGCUCAAAGACGUGCAGCAGCAGCAGCAGCAGCAGCCACAACUUCAGAAGAUGUCGCUUCACCCGUCAAGUUGGAGCAUGCCGAGAGUGCCAAUGACUCUCCAUCUGCCGAAUCGACAUCUACAGAAGGCCAUGCCAAUGCCAAAUUACCGCCUAUUGGUACUAUCCGCCCUGAAGGAUCUGGAUCUGGUAGAUUGCAAAGUGUGAAUGAUGGCCAAAAGACAAGAGGUGGCACCAUGAAAAUGAAAUUUAAGCCUACUAUCCCUCAUAAAAGAAACAAGAAAGAAGUAUCCUCUUCGGCAAUUGAUGAAGCACUUGGUAAAGCAGGAAGCGCCCCUCAUCAUGGUGGUGAAAGAGGUCGUGGUGGUCGUGGUCGUGGUGGUAGAGGUAGAGGUAGAGGUAGAGGUUUGGUGAUUGUCGAUGAGUCUACUGCUUCUGGCAUCUUUUCAUUGGGUCCAUCAGCAGUUUCAAGAGGCAGACCUGGAUUUGGAGGUGGCGGAUUUGCAUCUUACGGUGGUGAUGUGCCUUCAAGAGCAGAGGGUGACGAUGCCAACUCUGAUAUGGUGGAAAUGUUCACUUCGGCUGUGGGUAAAGAUACACCAGUGACAUUUAGGCAUGUUUCUCGACUUGAAGGAGACAUCGACCCAGUUACAUUGAAGCAAACAAUCGGCAGAAUUCCUUGGAUGACAGUGAAAUCACAAAAGAAAGCAAAGAAGCCAUCUAUGCAAAAAGUGAAGACGGAAUCUGAUGAAGAUCCUGAUAUGGAGAUUGACGACGACGUGAGUAAAGUACUCGAUACCAUUGACUCAUUAGUGGACGAUGCAGAGGAUGAGGAGGAACCGCAAGAAUUGCCCAAAGUAUACAUGGAUGGUGAUUCACCUGCACAAAAUAUAUUCGCAUUAGAUGAAAAGCAGCGUCUUGUUUGUGUGGCAGAAGAAGAAUUGCUAUAUUUCCAAUUACCCACUGUUGUGCCUAUUUUUGAAAAACCCAAGAGCGAAGAUCCAAUUGCUGAUGUUGAUAUGACCGAGGACGGCGACGUCAAAUCUGAAGCCACAGAAAACACACUGCCAGCCGCCGCCAAAAAGACAACGUUAUUAGAGGAUGCCAUGGCUAAUAUGGAAUUGGAGGACAUGCCAGAUGGUCAAGUGGGCAAAUUAAUUGUAUAUAAAAGCGGAAAAGUCAAGAUGCAAUUUGGCUCAAUUUUGCUGGACGUUAAUCAAGGCAUGCAAUCGACCUUUUUAGAAAAUAUCAUGGUGGUAGAUCACGAAAGCGAAGACUCAAAGAAAGCCAUCGAGUUGGGUCAUAUUGUACAGAAAUUUGUGUGUGCACCUAAUAUGGAUGCGCUUUUAAAUGAGUCGUUGAAUUAA